GAAAGUUGUAAGUUUAAUACUGCGAAGUCUUCUAAGAAGACAUGAGUAACAUGAAAUCCAACAUGAGAGAGAAUGUCUUCCCGAUAGACAAGAGUUACUUGUACUUCAAUCUCAACGUUUUGUCCGUGAUGGGCAUAUGGAAUCCUUGGGACGAAGGAUAUAAGCACUGGAUUUACAAGAUUUACGAGUGGUACGUCAUCAUCGUGAUUAUGGUGAUGAGACUUACGGCAAUACUUGUCCGAGGAAUUAGCGCUGAGGAUACAACUCAAUUCCUCCAGGAGUUUUCAUUACUUGCGGUCGAAGCAGCUGAUACAAUCAAGUAUAUCGCUUACAUAUUCCACCGAAAUGAAGUGCUGGAGCUCUGCAGUGCAUUCAAUUGGGACCGACACUUGCCUGGAACAGAAGAAAUAACUCAAUUUCGUAACAAAGUACUCACACAGUCUCUGAGUGCAUCAAAAACAUUUACAAUUGCUAUAGUUGUGGCUGUCAUUUUAUACUACUGUUUCUACUACUACGCAGCUCUGGGCUACUCCGAGUACAAACUUGAAAAGCUGCCAAUAAGAACUGUACCAUUGAAGUAUUGCUUUAUACUGACUAAUUUUUGGGUAGCUUUCCUUUGUGAUUACAUAACAUUUACUUGGCUUGGUCUGAUAGCUGUUACUCAUGAUGCGUUCAUCAUGGCAUUGAUGAUAAACAUAACAGCGCAAUUGGAAAUUCUGAAUUUUCGAUUGGAGAAAUGUCACGUUGAGAUUUUUGAGCUGUCGCAGGUCCAGAAAAAUGAACAAUUAAAGCUCAUUCAUUUUGAAUGUGUUGAGAGGGAGAUGAUCGAUGACUCUCUAACUCUCGAUCCAAAUGCAGAGCUCAUCAACUGUAUCAGAUUCCAUCAACAUAUUAUCAAAAUGCUGAACAUGUUCAGAACAAUAUACGACAAAGCACUUCUGCCGCAGCUGCUCAUAAGUUUGCUUUUGGUUUCAAUGUCUGCAUUGCAAAUGAUACUGGGUCAACAAGGAAAUCUCAGUGAUUCAGUAGGUGCCCUUGUAUUCUUGAUCGCUUGUAUACUUCAACUACUGGCAUUCUGUUGGGGUGGUAACAUCAUUCUAGUCGAGAGUGAGAAGACGAGUGACUCACUGUAUGCUUCACACUGGUAUUAUCGGGACACAAUAUUUCGGAAUAAUGUGAAAAUAUUCCUCGGUGCCAUAAAAAAUCCUCUGAUUGUCAGCGCCGGUGGUCUUGUUGAUCUGUCAGCUGAGACCUUCAAAAAUAUUCUUACUAAGGGAUAUUCAGCUUCAACGGUUUUGAAGAAUACAGCUUGAUGAGCCGGUCACUAGAACUCUAGUCGUUUCAUAGGCUGAAAGAAUUCUCUUCGUCCACGACUAAUGAUGUCUUAAACUAUGUGAACAAU